AUGACCAUUAUCUCAAGUGCCGGACAAAUGGUCGCCGAUACCGCCGCCAAACCAACUUCUCCGCCAGAGGAUAAGCCGUACCACUCAAAACGGCCUCACAAGAAGUCGAGGACGGGUUGUAGAAACUGUAAAACACGCAAGGUCAAGUGCGAUGAGGCGCGUCCAACAUGUCGCAACUGCGUGCUCCGCAAGGCCGAGUGUGUCUACCCCGGACCGUCCCACUCCCAUGCCGAUCACACCCCGGGAUCGCCUUCAUCUUCCUCUGGCUCAACCUCAUCUCGCGCUCACACGCCGGGGCAUAGUGGUGAUGAAGACUUCAACGCGCUGGUCGUCAAGGAGCCCCUGUACCUCCCUUCCAACCACCACGAUGCUACUGACAUGAAAUUGUUAUGGUUCUACACCACAAAUACCUUCACAUCAUUCGCUACCCAAGCGGGAAGAGUGAAGCGGAUUGAUGACAUCUUAAGAGUCAAGAUCCCUUCCCAUGCGUUUGAGAGCCCAUUUCUGAUGGACUGUCUAUUGGGUACUUCGGCCCUUCAGCUGCAGCACCUCAAACAAGAUAUCGCGCCGUCGCGCGCUCUCCGCUAUCGGGCCCGCGCCUUCGAGGGUUACCGUAAAGCCGUCGAGGAGUUUAAGCCCGAGACGUUCCCUGCUCUCAUUGCAACUUCACUACUCCUGACUGCCUUAUCAUCUCAAAUGUUCCGUGAGGCCGGCACAAAGGAGCUCUAUAUCAUCGACUGGAUGAUAGUCUGGCGCGGGAUCGGUCUCAUGAUCGACAUGGCCACGCCGCAGACCGUCUGGGACUCGGGCAUGGCCGAGCUCUUCUUCCGGCCGCCCAUCGACCUCGAUAAGGCCGCUCUGCACAUUCCCAACAACCUGCUUUUCAUGAUCUCCUCAAUCCGUCCCGGGGACCCAGACUUCGAAGACGUGUCCACCUACUACGACACGCUCAAGUACCUCGGCUCGCUCUACUCGGAGCUGAUCCACGGCUUCGGGCCCAUCAUGACCCUACGUGUCGUGACGUGGUUCACCUUCAUCCCCAAGGGCUUCGUCGAGCUGGGUCGGCAGAAGAGGCCCCGCGCGCUAGUCAUCCUGGCGCAUUAUCUAAUGUUCAUGAAAGCCGUCCAGAACUUGUGGUGGAUCGACGGCAUCGCCGAUCGUGAGAUCGCGGGAAUCUCCAGCCACCUCGGAGAGACAUGGUCCAACGAGCUCGCCGCGCCCCGCCUGGCCCUUCUCCUCAACGACCGUACAGACGUCGCGCGUCUGCUACUGAAUGACCCAGAAUGGCAGUCGCCCAUCGACUUCUUCAGCGAACCCACGCGGGAUCCGAGGGCGGAGGCGCUCACGUGGGUCGACGACAGCGGCAAACGGUCCAGGUCUAUGCCCAAACACGUGGGCGCCUUGUACCCUUGCGACCCUGCUCCAAGGACGACACCCUGGGAGGAUGAGGGUUUUCAUCCCGACCCGUUGAUACUUUCUGCACCGAACAGGGACUACGCCGGUGCGGUGUUGGGAACCAUCGAUUUGGGUAUUCAGGAUAUGGACAUGUCCAGGUAG